UAGUAAUUUUCGCUUCUGGGGAUUGUGGUUUUUGUCAAGUGUCAUGUUUGGGGUUAUCUGGAAGUGAUCAUUUUUCUAUAAAUAAUGCCAAAAGUGGUGUCUCGCAGCAUAGCAUGUUCCGACACUAAAGAUCAAGAAGAAUACGGCGAUGAGAAACCUCUCCACAUUUAUUAUUGCUUGUGCGGCCAAAUGACUCUAAUUUUAGAUUGUUCAAUAGAGAGGCUUCCUUUACGUAAGAGGGACGGCGCACGUGUCCUCGAUGGGACAAACCAUGCACAUAAAAUAACCUGUGAUAAUGACGAAACUGUACACAUAAAAAGACCUGAAGGGAUAGAAAGACAGUACAGACUGAAAUGUAAGAAAUGCGGACUUCUUUUAUAUUACAAGCACGAGCCCCAAAGUCCAAUCAGUUUCAUAGUUAAAGGGUCUCUAAUUAAAUCAACAAAUGAGGGACCAAUUAAUGAUAUUUAUAACCAAGUGGCUGUAGAGAAACCGAAGAAGAUAAUGGUUACUAAACACACAAAAAAUAUGGGGAAAUUCAGUUCUGUCACUGUGUCUACAAUUGAUGAAGAAGAGGACGAAAUUGAAGCCAGAGAAGUGGCUGAUAGUUACGCCAACAACGCCCGCAUUAUUGAGAAACAAUUAGAACGCAAAGGCAUGAACAAACGCAAGUUUGACUCGACCAAAACCCAGGACAUGAAAAAAAUCCGCGGCACGUUAAUAGACAAAUAAUAAACUUUAUUGUGAACAUUCUUAAAUAUAUUACAUUUCUUACGAGAUUUAAGUUAGAAUAAUAAAAAAUUUAGACUAGUCAACGGUUUGACAAUAAAGGCGUUGUUUCUUGGGCAGUA